AUGUUUACCAUUUUAUUGUUACACUUUCAUUCAUUUCAGUCUAUCCGUAUCUAUUCAUAUAGAUCUCUUCAUAUCUAUCUCACUCUGUUCGUAUCUAUCUCAGUCUGUUCGUAUCUAUCUAUCUAUCUAUCUAUCUAUCUAUCUAUCUAUCUAUCUAUCUAUGUCCAACUGUUCAUAUCUAUCUAUCUAUCUAUCUAUCUAUCUAUCUAUCUCAGUCUGUUCGUAUUUAUCUCACUCUUUUCGUAUCUAUCUAUCCCAGUCUGUUCCUAUCUAUCUAUCUAUCUAUCUAUCUAUCUAUCUAUCUAUCUAUGUCCAUCUGUUCAUAUCUAUCUAUCUAUCUAUUUAUCUAUAUAUCUCAGUCUGUCCGUAUCUUUCUAUGUAUCUAUGUCCAUCUGUUCAUAUCUAUCUAUCUCACUCUGUUGGUAUCUAUCUCAGUCCGUUCCUGUCUAUUUAUCUAUGACCAUCUGUUUCUAUCUAUCUAUCUAUCUAUCUAUCUAUCUAUCUAUCUAUCUAUCUAUCUAUCUAUCUUUUACUUUCAUUAAUUAA